CAAAGAAAGGCGGUUCCAUGUGAUAAGUGCAAGCAUUCUGCCUUUCUCUCCAUCCUCCACGUCCUUCACAUUCAUGAACACUCACCUGUAAAGAUGAGCGUGCGUCUUCUCUGGCUCGGCCUGCUGCACAUCAGCCUGAGCGCUUUGUGGAAAGUGGCCGACGCACAGGCAGCUUUCACCAUUGAUCAGGUGACGUUGACUGUGUUUCCUGGUAACGAUGUGGCAAGUGGCACUAACGUUAUCUUGCGUUGUGAGGCUAAGGUCAGUCACAGCCACCCGCAGCCACUGACAUAUACCUUCAGCUUCCUGCUGGACGAUCAGGUGACAUACUCCAAAAAUAUCAGCGACUCAGUGGUGGAGCGUGGUUUAUCUCCGGCCAGGGUGUCCAACUCUGGUCACUACCAGUGUACUGUUCGCGUCUUUGACAAGAUCAAGACAAGCAACUCUCAGGCACUCAAAGUCACAGGCCUUCAGGUCCCCAUGCUGAAGGUGAAGAAUGAUAUUGUUUCUGAGGGGGAUAACAUCAUUGCCACAUGCAGCGCACCAGAGGAGACGGGCAGUAUGUUCUUCUUUUUCUACGAGGGCAAUCAGGAGGUCAAGCGAGUCAAGAGUGCCUUCAACACUGUGACAACCACUCUUGCCAUGCAGAAGCCCAAAAACAUCUGCCUGCACUGUAACUACAUGGUUCUCAUGCAUCCCACUGCGGGCAUCUCCAACAAAAGCAAUGCGGUGAAUGUGACUGUACAAGGUCUUGAGAUCACGCCACAAAUAAGCAUCUCCCCCAAAGUGAAUUUCGUUGAGGGUGACAGGGUGCAGAUCAGUUGUAAGGCGCAAAAUCACUCAGAUCUCGAGUUGUUCCUUACCAAAGGCAACACCGUACUUCAUAAAUUGCAUACAACCUUCAUGCACAGCCUCACAGUAAGAGCUGAGGAUUCAGGGGAAUAUGUGUGUAAAGCAGAGAAAGGCAGCGUGCAAAAGACGGCAAUCUAUCGGCUAAAUGUCACAGAACUGUUCUCAAAGCCAAUUUUGAGAAUGAGCCCAGGUCAGGUUUUUGAAGGAGAACAAUUCACUCUGACCUGCAGCAGUGCUGUAAGCUCCCAAGAGAAGAUCAAAAAAGUGGACAUAAAGUAUGCGUUGUGGAAAGAAGAUCGGCACAUUUCUUCAGGUGCCAACUACUCUGCCACUGCAAGCCCAGCCACCAAUGGGAAAUACUCCUGUAUGGCAGUGGCUAAAGGAGUUAACAAGACCAGCCAACCACUCCAUUCAAAAGCUAAAGUGCCUGUUUCUUACCCUGUCAUUCGUGCUGUUGAGAAGGUGAUUGUUGGUCGGCCAUUCAAGGUUUUGUGUGAGGCUGAGAAUGGAACGCUUCCAAUAACAUACACCUUACUGAAGGACCACGUGCCAGUGGAUGAGAAGAGAGCUGAGGCGGCUCAAAAGGCACUCUUCAGCAUAAACUCCAUCAGUCAUCCAGAUGAGAUCUACAGAUUCACAUGUCAGGCUCAUAACCAGGGGCCAUCAAUCAGAAAAAGCAGUCAGUUUCUUAGAGCAGAUGUCAUAGUACCAGUGUCUAAGCCAGUCCUGGUGCCACAGGAUUUUACAAUCACGGAGGGGUUAGACCUCACCCUCAUCUGCACUGUACAGAAGGGCACUUUCCCAAUCACCUACACCUGGUAUCAUAAAAGUGAUAUGAUCCCUUUCUCCACCCAAGAAGUCAGAUCCUUAGAAGGAAGGUAUACUGUCAAAGCCAUAGAACGAGACCAGAGAGGUGACUACUACUGCGAGGCGUCCAAUUACGACACUGAAAUUAAAAGGAGUUUUUCAGCCAGGAUUGGAGUCAGUUUAGCGGUGUGGAAGAAAGCUCUUAUUGGAAUGUUCUGUAUCCUGCUUUUGGUGGCUAUCGCCAUAGUCCUCACAGUCUUUUUGAAGAAAAUGUCAAAACCACGCAUAAAAAAGCAAGCAACUGAGUUAUCAGUAAAACCUUCAAGGCCCAAAUCAGGUGACCCUAUGAGAAUGAGCCUCACUCUCGACAUUGAAGACAACACUGCUCUCAAUGGCACUCCCUGUGUGAUGGGCAGGAAUGUCUGGAGUGAACAUGUAUCUGGCUCAGAUUCUGACGAUCAUACCGAUGAGGACUCUAGGCUGGUUCAGCCACAGGAAGUGGAUCUCAGCAGAGAAGUUCCUGUGAAGAAAAGCAUAGAGCCUGAAUACAGUGGCCAGCAUACAGAGGUCCAGGUGUCCACACCAGGAGUUUCGGAACAGGCUGAAGGUGUAAGUGACGCACAAUGUUGACACAGACACAGACACACAAGUCCACAUGUAGCAGGCAGCUCUGGAGUAUGCGCAACUCAACAACAGUGAACAAGAACCUGCAUAGAAUCUCAACACUUUACAUCUAAUUUAUUCAGCUUCUCCACCACCAGAAGUUGAUUUUCAUUUAUGAUGUGCUGACAUUGACAUUUUUAGUUUGAUGGUAUUAUUAAUAUUACUUUGUGGCCUGGAUUUUUUGUUACAUGUGUAAAACGUGUUGUGAUUAAAAUCUGAGCAGUCAAAUCUUCAAAAGUC